UCAACACAGAUAUUAGUAUUGAAUACUGGAUUCGAUUGUAAAUGUUAUAAAUUUUCUUUCUCGAAAUAAGAUUUCUAAGUAUUUUGUGCGUUUUUGGUGAAAAAUGAUAAAAUAGCUUACUGGAUAAAAUUUCGCGAAUGAAGAAAUUCGGAAAAUUUCACGAGAUAAAGUUUCCCGAAUUAAGAAACUCGCAAAUUUUCGCGAGAUAAACUUUUGCGAAAAUGUCGAAAAAUCGCGAAUUCACGAAACUUUGUCUCGCGAAAGUUUCUCCAAUUAAAGUAAUUUCCUUUUUUCUGCUUCCUACCUAUUUUCUCAACCUUGUCUGUGCCACUUAAUAGUCUCCUAGUAUGUCUAUGAAAACAUGCACUGUUUCCAUUUGUGUCUUUGUAUUUAAGCAGCAGUAUUAUUUGAGCACUUUUAUUUGUGAAGUUAUGUAGUGAUGUAUUUUCAUACUAGAUAUAAAUUAAAAACAGUAUAUAUCAAAAGUUCUUAAAUAUGUUGCAUCAGCCACUACCAUCUACUACUGCAUCUAAUUCUCCAGCCAAUAAAACAUUUGAAUUACUGAAAGAACGUCUAGAACAGGCUGAAUCUGAAGCACAGAAACUCUCAAGCCAACUAGUUUCUUAUGGAUUUAAAACAUCGCCUGCAAAAAACAACAACAAAGACUCAACUGGAUCACAAUCAGUUUCUGAUAACAGGAUGAUCUCUCGUGUGUGUAAAAUGGAAAGUGUAUUGGAGAGCCUCAGAUCAGGAAUAAACAGUUUGGAAGCAGACAAGUCAGAAACACCAUCGCAGUUACUGCUAGAGAAAAAUCAAAUACAAGAAACUUACAGUUUAAAAAUCCAAGAACUUCAAGAGGAGGUUGAUAAGCAGAAAGCAGUUAUAAAAUGUCAUAUUGAUGCAAAGUUGUUGCUGGAAAAGCAAAUCGCAAAACUGAAAAAAGCAUCUGUAAAACGAACUGAAACACAAAAGACCCUUCUUACCAAGCUAAAAGAGAAAGAUAAUGAGUUGGCUUCUUUACAAAAUGAGUUAAAUCAGAUAAAAAAGAAUGUGUCUAAGGAGGUAGAAUCAAGGAAACGAAUUGAGGACAGUCAUUCUUUGCUACAUUUAAAAAUAUCUGAAAUGGAAGCAACAGUGGAAGCAGAGCGUAUGAAUGUGUCAAAAGUAAAUGCACAAUGUGAAUCGCUGACCAAUGAUGCUAUGUUAGCUCGUAAAGAGUUUGAAAGGGAGUACACAAGGCGUCUUGAUCUAGAGAAUAUUUUAGAAGUGCAAUCCAAUAACAUUGAAUGUAUAAAAGAGGAAAUUAACAUAAAAUCUGGGGAAUAUAAUCAGGUGAAGAAACAGUGUCAGGAUCUUGAAAGUCAGUGUCAACAAUUCAAACGAAAGUGUGAAAAACUGCAGAAAGCAUUAGAAGCCUCUUCUUCAGAGAAUCAGGAGCUUAAAGAACUUUUAAAAGUUGCCUCUGUUGAUAAUCAAGCUCUUGUUAUUCAAAGCAAAGAAGUACUGCUUCGGGAGCAGGCAAAAGUAAAGAACAUUGUUGCACAGCAAAAUAAAUUGCUUGAUUCAACCAAAGCAUCAAUGUUGCAAGAGUUGAAAAACCAACACAAGAAUACUGAAAGGACGGAAUCUGAAAAUCUGCUAUUGAAGCGAAAAAUAGUUGAAUAUGAAAGUAAACACGACGAAAGUGAGUUCAAGUUAAAAAUGCUGGAACAAAAUUAUACCAUAGAAAUUUCAAGGGUGGAAGCUGCUUUGUUGUCUUCUCAAAACAAGAAUGAUGAAUUAAGAAAGCAGCUGGAAGCAAUUGAGAAAGAAGGUGUUUUAAAAAACAACAACCUGCAAAACGACAAGUUACAUGCAAUGCAAAGAGUUAAGGAGUUGGAAGAGGAACUAAAACAGGUGCAACUCUUUGGCCAAAGAAUGGAACAUGAGAAGAACGAGCUGAUGGAUAAAUUAUCGUGGAUAAGCAUGAGCCAGCAGUCACAAAACGAUCUUGAGAAAAAAAUGGUUGAAAUGGUAAAAGAAAAAAAUUCCUUGGCAUAUGAAAAGGGCAUUUUGUCCUCCAAAGUCAAAACCCUUGAAGUGGAUAACAAGACCAAAAAGGAAAUUGAGGUAGAAUAUGAAAACUUGAAGUUAAAGUACAAAGAUUUGAAUACACAGUUUAAAAGAUCCCAAAAGAGUGAAGAUAAAUUGAACAUAGAAAUUGAAGAAAAAGUGAAUGCAUUGCAAGCUAUCACGACAGAACAUAACUUGUGUAAAAACAUGCUCAAAAAGACAGAGAAGCAUUUAUCACAAGUUAUAUCUGCACGUGACGAAGCACUUAACGAAACAGAAAAAUUAGUGCGACAUGUCAAAGAUAUAACUACCCAGUAUGAUGAGCAAGUUUCGUGUUUGCAGUCUCGAUUACUUGAAAAUGAAAAACAGCGCAGUAAUAUUGGGGGAACAUUUGAAACUUUGAUGUCGACAAAUGAUCAACUGCAAAAACAGUUGCAGCUCGUUCAAGAAAAUUUGGGCAAAAAAGAUGCACAACUUGAGACUCUAAAAGACACAAGAAAUGUGAGUAAAGACGUGAUCUCUCAAUUACAAGCUGAAUUGGUUUCAUUGACAAACAAGUUAAACUUGAUGGAAAAAGAAAACAAUGAAGAGAUUGUUAAAAUAAAGGAAUGUCUUUACAGUGAAAAGAAAGAGAAAACGAACUAUCAAAAUAUGUUACAAGAAAAGGAAGAAGAACAGAAACAUUUAAAAGAGAAAGUUAUGAAGCUGAAAUCAGAACUUAAGAAAAAAGAUACAGACAUAAAAACCUGCAUUGCAGCAAAGAACAACAAUAUUGAGACUGCAAAUGAGAAGAAAGAGAUCGAAGUAGCAAAAUUAAAAACUCAACAUAAAAAAGAAAUAAAUAAGUUAAAAUCACAAUUACACGAUGUGAAGUUAUUGUUAAAGAAAAAGGAAAACAUAAAUGAAGAAAAAAUUAAGGUUAUGUCCGAUGGGUUAAUAAAUCUAGAAAAUGAUAAGUCAUUGUAUAUGGAAAAAAAUAAAGAGCAGGCGGAAUUAUUGAGCAAAUUUAUGUCUGAAAUAGCAGAUCUCCAAAAUGAACUCACUACAAUGGCAGAAUCUCAAAAUUGUACUUCAUUUAACUUAAGAGCACACGAAACCAAGAGUGAAAGAAAAAAAAGGCAAAAGAUAGAGAUUAAACACAAGGAUGAUAUGAAUUCUCCUCUGAAGCAUUCUCACUCUAACACUGUUGAUAAAUUGUUAAUGGAAGAAAAAAAGCAAACACAAGAUCUAAUCAGAAAAUGUAAAAACACAAUGGAGAAUGAUGAAAGAAAGCUUGAUAAAUUAUCAAAGCAGUUGGAAGAUUUGCACAGAAGAACAUGAGAGCAUAAAAUAUACAGUAAUUUACUUUGAGCAGUUAAAUUUGUCUUGAUUAUUUGCUGUCAAAUUAGUUGAUGCUGAAUUACUAAUUAGAAUCUUUGCACAUAACCUUCCAGAAAGAAGAACAAGCUGUUUAGAGAUAUUUUUAAAGUGUGUAUUAGUGUGUGCAAACCGUCUUGUACUAGUUUUUGACACAAUUAAACAGGGUUGGAUAUAGGGAAUCAGCUUUUAUAGGUGAUGGAAAGGCAUUAAUUUCAAAUCUAAAAUAUUGUGACUAAUCUGUUGAAAAAUCUAGGGCAUGCCCUGACAGUUUGGUUAUAAAACAUAGCAUACCCAUUGAUUUUUGUAAAGUACAAAAAAGAAGGUGGAUUAUUAUUAUGUAGUUAUACUAUCAAAUGUCUUAUUACGGCAAUCCUGUAUUAGGACAUAUUAAUCUAUUUAAUUGAGUUUCUGUCUUGACAAAAAGCCAGCAAUAUUUUGACUUAUUGCCUUCAGGAGAAUUCAUAUUGUAGAAAACUACGCCAAUCUUACCAAAAACUGUAACAUCAGCAUGGUUAUGUCAAGUUUAGGCCGUUUAAUAGACUAUAUAUCUCUGUAACACGCCAAGAUAAAUGAAAAAAAAGUAUAUUAUUUUAUUAUUCUGCUAAAUAAGGUCAUCAGAUUUUCUCCCUUUAUACCUUUAUACCUCACUGGCAAAAUUCUAAUUUAAAAACUUCUCAUUAUACCAUUUUUAUUGUUUAUGUUGGCAACAAGACUCAUUUUAGGUUAUUUGUUUUUUUGAAAAAAGCGUGAUGAAAAAAGUGAGUUUAAGAGUCAUAAGUGUACCCUACAUUGAUAUGACCAAGGUGGCGAAAUUUGGAGCCUUCCCUCUUAUGCUUUAAAACAUUAACUCUUAAAAACUUAAAACUUUACUUGUGCAUUGUCAAUAGUAAUUAUACAAACUGAUAUUUUUUCUCUGCUUUUGCUUUAGUGAAGUGAACUGAAAAUCACAAAAAUAUGAAAAAAUUGUACCUAUAGGUAACCUUUUGUUCCAACUUUAUCAUAUUCCACUACUUUAAAACUACUGUCAGCUCAGGAUAAAAGUUGUUACAGAGAAGUGCUUGUAUUUUGUCUUUCACCUUAAGCCAUAAAACAGAUGUGUAACUAUUCAGUUGUAGCUUGUAAUUCUAUUUAUCCACCUGCUACCAAAUCAUAUAUCAAUCAUAUACCAAAAACUAACUUCUCGUGUUGUGCGAAAACUUCAAGUUCAUGUGGAGACAAAUGUUAAUCUGACCAACUCAAUAAUAGAUAGAUAUAUUUAGCUUAUAAUAAAAAGUCACAUAUGAAAUAAUUGUUCACAAUAAAAUGGCAGGAGUAAGUAGAAGGCAUUGAGCCUUAUCACCAAGCCCCUAGUUGUUGAGUAUUAUCUGCUAAUAAAUUUCAUUGUACAUUUAUAUUAUUAUUUAAAAUGGCAUUAAAAUAUGUGUUUAUAUAAAUAAGACGUUCUAAGUGAUUAAAAUAUUUGCGUACGUUAGUUUUACUGUCACAAAUUGCUGACUUAGUCACAUGUUUGAACGUAUUAUAUGUUUCUAACAUUUUCAUAUUCUUUGUGAAAAAUGAAUUCCACAGCUGGGGUCCUCCAUGUUGGAUUGAAAAAGAACUAGACUAUAAAAUAGUUUUUGAAAUAGUAAAGUUACUCCUGGCUUACCUAGUACUAUAUAUAUAUAUACAUGUUGAACAGAUGAAAAUUGUUUAGAAAAGAUAUUUGGCAGUAGUCUAUGUUUACUUUUGAUCAUGAACAACAACACUUGAUGGAUGUUUAAUUCAAAUAUAUUCAGUACAUCAAUCUUGCGAAGCAGUGGUUCGGCAGAGCUAUAUCUGUCUACACCAAAAAUUAUUCUACAUGCAUGUUUUUGUUUACGGUAUAAUUUCUGUAAUUUCCUGCUAUUAGUGCUUGCCCAUGCGAUAUUACAAUACGUUAGGUAGCUAUGUAUGAAGUGCAACCCUCGUGGACAGGGAUUAACGCACACUAAACGUGCAGUAAGUAAAAGUAAAUAUGGAAGAAAAAGAUAAAUUGCGUAAACAAUGGAGGUUUAGAUAUGGUUUAGCUUUAUAAAUGAACCCAAUAUUUUUUGCUACUUUGUUCUCUAUUACAUGAAUAUGAGACUUCCAGGACAGUGUUUUGUCUAAGAGUAGUCCCGAAAAUUUUAUUGUAUUUUCUCUCUAAUGUAAAUGCCGUUUAUUUAUAUGGUUUAGAAAAAAUAGUGUAUUUUGUUUUUUUAACGGAAUUCAAACCACUCUUCUACCUUUCCUAGUUCAUGGUUAAAAAUAGUAAAAAGAAUUUUUAUGUGAUUGUGGGAAUAAAAUAGGUUGCUAUCAUCAGCAAGUAAAAUAAAAUUAAGUGUUUUGGAAAAAGAGCGAAAUCAUUAAUAUAAAGCAGAAAAAGUAGUGGCCAAAAAAUAGAACCUUGAGUUACACCACACUUUACAAGUUUCAAGUGAGUAUGUAAUCCCUGUUAUGUAAUCCCUGAAUACUGAAACUCUUGUAGACGGGCAGUACAUGGACACAGAAGGUUACCUUGUAACUGGCGUCCACGUGCGUUGCAUAGGCUGUAACUUCAGGUAAGCUUGUGACAUUCUAUGUGACAGGAAUCGAUGUGCAAGACACAUUGUGACAUACAGCGCAUCAGCUGUCAAUGAAGCUGACUUUGUGACUGUGUGUUACAAUAUGGGGCGCACUGAGCGUCAGCUAUGACUGUUAAUAAUCUUGUAACGAUUGUGAAUCAUGUUAACUGCAGCUACACAUGUUACUGCAGAGGUCCAUGAGUUUUUCUGCCUCAUUUAUUUGUCAUAUUAAAAUUUUUUUUGAAAUGUACCCGAAGGUAAAUUUGUCAUUGACAUAUUUUUAAAUUUCCAUUUAACAAUGAAUCACAGCUAACUGUAGUAAAAAUUAUGAAGAUAUUGUAAAGUACACUUUUUAAUUUGCAAUUUCGAAAAUAAGUAACAGUAUUUCAGUAACGUAUAUUGAAAAUAAUAUUGGCGUAGCGCAUUAUUCAUGAUCAUUUAGAAAACAUAUGGCAAUAAAAAAUACAAAGUACGUUGUUCAAAAAUUUUUAUUGUAAUUAACUACAACUUUGUUUUAAUAAAUACCACAUAUUAUCUUCUUUUAAUAAAUACAACGUCACUACUUUUUUGAUUUCUUUUUUUUAAAUUUUUUAGUAGGAGGAGUGGGAGAAAGCUCCUGAUCGGAAGUGCUAUAACAACCCUCCACAGUAAAAUCAUCCUCUUGGGACUCGUGGUUGCCUUUAAUACCAGCAGAGGAUGUUCUACAGUCUUCUAAUUCUAUGGUAUGAAACACUAUCAGAAUAACCAUUGUAAAAUGAUUUUUCUAACAAGGUGUCUAAAUCCGGAGAAUUAGAACAGGAAGCAAACUGCAAACAAAGUCCCUCAAGAUAAUUAUCUGUAGUUGGGUUGUCAUAAAAUCUUCGGAAUUCGGGAAUACAUUGUAACAUAUUUGCUUUUACCCAUUGAGGAUGCGUAAAAGCAAACCUUGCUACACUGUAAUUGGUGCUUAGACUAUGCAGACAAGCACCCAGCCUCCCCAAAACCUUAGCGUAUCCACCACAUAUGCAUCUUUUGUAGUAAAAAAUUCUCCUAACUGUUGUAUAGCAUCACGGAUAUCUAUUUUGGCACUUUUAUGCUUCGAGUCAACCGUCUUCAAUGCAUCUUCAACACUUUCCAAAUAACGCACAAGGGUUAAUAUGUCAUAAUCGGUGACGCUGUGGGAGCUUGUAGGUUCUCUGCUCUUGCGUCUUGUUCCUUGUCACAGUACCGGAUUGUGUUACAAUUGCCGACGCACUGAGCGUUAGCUGUGACUGUAGGAAAACUUGUGACUGGGGAAAGCUGUACGUGUGGUUUUCUCUGCUUUGUAUUAGAGCAAUGGGCGUAUGGAGCAGUGGGCGUUUAAAGUGACGAACAUAUUGGGUGUUCGGUGAUACGCGGUGGGUGGUAAUUGGUACUUCUGAUGAUCCUUGCACAUGGUUUGUAAUAUGUAAUAUAAUCUACAAACAUGGCCCAGCUUUCGAUCGUAUACAGAAUUUAAGUUGCUGUAACUUUUUUUUAGAAAAACUUACCAAAGUAAAAAAUGUUUGGUAGCGUAUAAAGAAUUUAAAAAUAUAACUAUUGUUUUUACUUUUAUUUUUUAUAAGGUUUCCUGCCAGGUGAUGUGCCAAACUUAAAUAAAAACUUUUCGCAUUAACAUGGAAACGAGCCCAAAGAUAAGUAAGAUGCACUGGUUAUGGUUCUUAAGUAAAAUGCGUCAGAAUAGUUAGUGUAUAUAUAUCAGACACAUAGUUACACAUCGACAAACUGUUCGUUACUGGAAACAAGACGUCAUUCCUGCACUUUUAUUACUUUGCAAACUGCUAAAUGCAGUUCGAAGUUUUUGAUGAGUCAAGUCAGAUUCCUUCAGAACAGAGCCAUACUGUUUUAAAUAAGAAUCAAAUGAUUUAUUCCUUUCAGGAAUUUUAUUUGCUAGAUUUGUACCAACAUUUACGAAGGAAUCAUUUAUCGCACACGCAAUAGUAUUUUUGUUGUAAGAAAUAAUCUUAUCUAUUAUUAGUUUCUAUGGCAAUUUAGUUUGUGUUAUUUUACAUUUGCCAAUGAUUUCUUUCAUCACAUUCCAGGUCUUUUUUGCAUUUCCAUUAGCUAGUUGUAUUUAAUUUUGAUUAGUUUUUCUUAAAUAAAUGCUUUAUUUUCUAGAAAAGAUUUUUAUAUCCUUUGUACUUUUUUUCGUUUUGGUGGGUCUAUUGAAAAACUUUUCCUAAAUCUUUUGUUUUUUCUUGGAAGAUUUCAGUAGACCCUUGCUCAUUAAUGGACUUCACAAUGUUUCUGUUUUAAUAUUAAACUUUCUUCUGGGAAAUGCAGCGUUAUACUCUCUUGUAAAAGGUUUUAAAAAUAAAUUAUAUGAGUCAUUUGGUUUUUUGGUUUCCUUUAUGAGUUCCCAGUUUGCCCCUAGCAAGAGUUGUCGAAAUUUGGCUAUAGAGGGUUCAUCGAACACUCGUUUGUGAAUAGUUGUUGUGGUAGAGUGGGUAGAUGUAUCAGUGCUGUCAGAUAUUAAAAAAGUCGGAAAAUGGUCAGUUAUGUCAGUUUCUAUUAUCACAGUUUCCAUGUCAACACCGUCAUAGAAAUUGUUAGUAUUAUGUGGUCAAUUGACGUUGCAGAAGUUUUAGUAAUUCUGGUUGGUUUAUUAAUGGUAAGAAUUAGAUUGUUUUGCAGAGGCGCGAUAAACCAUUUACCCUUAUUGUUUAUUGGAUAAUCAAACAGGUUAAGGUUUAAGUCACCUGCUAUGUAAAUAUGUUUGUUUAAAUGAUUUAUUUUUAUGUGUUAUUUGAAAUGAUCUUAAAGAUCAAAAUUAGUGGCUGGUAAUCUAUACUGGUAAUCUAUACUUGGUGGUAAUUAGUAUAUUUUUAGUAUGUUUGUUAAGAAUUUCUAUUGUUAAGCAGUCUCAGUGUGUAUGGUUUAUACUCAGUGCUGUGCAAUGAAUAAUAAGUGAGUUAUGAAUAAAGACACACACGCCACCACCAGAACGAUCACCGGAAUAACGAGUUUAAGGUAUAGAAGUAUAAUAAGGAAUUGUAAAAUUCGCAUCACAUGAUGCAUUUUCGCACCACGUUGACACAAAUAAUAUGAAAAGAAAAUUUUAGCUCAUGUAACAUAGAUUUCAGAUUAUUAAAG